AUGGUGGAGGCGCUGAUCUCGGGGGCCGCCGAGGGGCUCCUCCUGAUCCGGGAUUCCGUCGCUUGCGAAGGGCGCCCCCUGCUGAAGAGCUUCGUCGUGGCUGCCGCCCAGCGGAUCUUCUUCCACGACGCUUUCCCAGAUCCCCUGGGUUGGUCCCGGAGGGGGAGCGGCCUGACCCUGGGAGAGUUCUCCGCUUCGGAAUUGGCCUCCCGCCUGGCCGCAGCCUCCCAGGGAUCUGCUACGGUGGUCCUGGACUCCCUCAGCUGGCUACUCCUCCGUCUUCCCUUCCCCUCCGUCUGCCAGAUGUUGGCACAGCUGCCCAGGAGAGCCAGUGCUGCUGGGUUGAACGUCGUCCGGAUGGCGGCCCUCGUCCACGGGGAUUUGCACCCGCCGGCCCAGCAUGAGGUGCUGAAGACGCUGGCCCGCCUGGCGGUGACGCUGCAGCCGGGACCGGAGAGCGGGCGAGGCGGGGAGGGGACCCCCCAAACGGCUGUCGUCCUCCACAGGAAGAGGGGGGGCAGGUUUCUGCAGAAGACACAACUCUUCAGCAUCCUCCCGGGGUUUGUGUUCAAAUUCCUCGGCGAGCUGCCACCGAAAGGCGUUUCCACCGAGGAGGACGCGGAGGAAGGACGGGAACCAGCCGCGGCUGAUCCGACGGCCCGCCUGACCUUCAACCUGCGCCUCACGGAGGCCGAGCGCCAAGCCAGGGAAUCGGUGCCUCUCCCGUACCACUUCAGCGAGGAAAAGAAAUCCUCAUUGCUUCAAACCUCGACAGAGGAAGCCAAGAUCUACUAUCAACCCGACGCUGCCGAUGACUUUGACGAUGAAGAUCCAGACGACGAUUUAGACGUGUGAAGGAGAAAGGGCUUGUUUUUUUCCAGAUCUGGAACCGGAAUCUUUUUACGUCUCCCUGGACUGCUCUUUUUCCUUUGCAACUUGGGAACGAUGGCGGACAGAAGCAGUCAGCUGCUGGGAACGGUCUGGCAGGGCAAACCGGAACCCGGGGCCAUCCGAACAGGAUAAACACAGUCCAGAUUUGCUUCCCCUGGGAAAGGACACGAAUAAGAAGCGACCUUCGGGAAAUUGGUUUGGAAUCCGGAUAGGAAGCCUUUGCUGAAGGUCAUUUGGCAUCCCCCCGUCCUUUUUUGGAGCGAUUCGUAGCCAGUAAACUGUUUUGUGUGCCGAUAUGACGGGCUCUGUGUGGCUCUUAACGCAAUAAACAAUCACACUAUUUGCCACUAUU